AUGACAUUGAUCCAGUUGUACACCCAGCAGGCCGACGGCUUCGACCGGAAGGAUGCACUGGCCAUCGCAGCAGAGGUUGGACGGAGAACCGUUCAAACAGUACAGCAGUGGGAGCGGGAUUUCAUCGCCCACGGACGCAUAAAAAAACCUAACACAGGUCGCUUCAAGCGCAGGUUUUUGCUGGAGCUCGACGAAGGCGUCUUCAAGCUCGCGAAAGGCUGGGUGCUCGAGAACUGCGGGAUACUCAGUGGGCAAGCCAAUAAAACGGCGGAGGAUUUCCGCAAGUGGGUGAACAGCACCAUCAUGCCGAUGCUGGAGGAGCAGGAAAAGGACGGCAUCAACGCUUUCCAUGGAUUGAGAGUAAAGCUGGUGGAAGUGAAGGAGAACGAGCCGCCAAAGCGCCAAAUCUCCCUUUCUACGGCAACGGAGUGGCUGAAGAAGAUGGGAUGCGAAUACCACGACGGCAAAAAGGGGCUGUACUUCGAUGGCCACGACGACAAGAAGACCCUUGAAUACCGGCACGACGAGUUCCUCCCGGCGCUGUUCGACACCCGCGACUACAUGGAGGUAUGGAUUCCGAUGGGCAAGGAUGAAGCGAUCGUCUGGGGUGUUGACGUCGAGACGGUGGAGGAGACCGAGCGCUUGCCGGAUGGUGGUGUCUGGGUUUGUGUCGAUGAUCUCGAGUCUGCGCUGGCAGACUUGCCCGAAGACCUGCAAGCCAGAGUGCAGAGCAAGAAAACCUACCCUGACGGGAGGCGGGCCAUGCUUCUCUACCAGGACGAGAGCAUAUUUCGAGCCAACGACGACCAGAGGCGCGCGUGGUAUCGGGACGGCCAGCAUGUGCCCGUGAAGAAGUCACAAGGCCAGGGGAUCAUGGUGUCGGGGACGAUAAUCCACAACGUUGGCUUCUUCUCGGCGUCGCGGGCACAGAUCCAGGACGCGGAGCGCAACCGCAGGAAACGAUGCGCCGCCUCAGCUGCCGCGAAGCGACGGGGGGAAAACGUGAAGGUGGAGAAGUUCCGCCCCAUCGACAUGCUUCAUGAAGACGAGCAUGGACAGUACUGGUCCUACCACCUCUUCGAGUACGGCAAGAACAAGGAGGGAUACUGGACCGGGCUCAGGAUGCUGGACCACAUGUCAGACGUGCUCGACAUGUUCACAGUUCUCUACCCUGAGCACAAGCCUGUAGGCCUGUUCGACUGGUCGUCCUGUCAUGACUGCAUGGAGGUCGGCGCACCGUCGGUGAAGAGAAUGAACUUGGGUGUCGGUGGUGUGAGGAACGGAGAAGAGCUUGCGCCGAUGGACCCCGUGACCAUCCUCGAAGAUACCCCGAACCUCCCAGCCGGCACGGUACAGCACUUGGUGUUUCGGAGGGGGGACGAUCCCCCCUUCCACUCCCCGCAUCUCAAGCCGGCGCAAUAUGUCGGAAAGUUGAAAGGAAUGCGGCAGAUUUUGUGGGAGAGGGGGCUCCUGGUCAAAGGCAUGAGUAAGACGGGGGGCUCGGGCGAAAAGCAGGACCUCAGCAAGAGCAUGGAGCACGUUUUGGGAGAGCAGAAGGACUUCAAGGAAGUUGAUUCUAGUCUGGUGCUGUUGAUGCAGCGCCACGGGGGGGCCUGUCUCAUGCUUCCUAAGUACCACUGCGAGUGUAACCCCAUCGAGCUUGUUUGGGGCCGAGCGAAGGACUGGACUCGAAAGAACUGCAAAUAUUCGUUGGAAUGCUUGCGCAAGAACGUGCCGCUGAGUUUUAGACCAGAGAAGGAUAGACAGGCUGUUUCGGUAGUCCAGGGCUACUGCAAGAAGGCGUACACACACGCCCUCAUGUACCGCGAGACGCGUGUGCAAGGGCCUGAGGGCAAGAAGACGUACAAGAAGUACAAGUCGCACAGGCGCCCGACCCCGAAGGAAUGGAUGCCGUAGAGUCGAAUCGAUGGCGCAUUCUUGUUCAUUGAGCUGUAUUUGUUCAGUUUUUUUCCGUGUUUCUGGUGGGAAUGUUGUACAAAAAUGGAACAUAUUUGUUGAAAACGGCCAAUUUUUGUGAUGUAUGUACGCUAUAGGUGCGGUAGAGGCAUUUGCAUAGUGUUUGAGGGCAUUCCUGUGCACGUGUGGGUGGUUUGGUGCGAAAAAAAAGAAGGAUUAGCAACAUAUAUGGGGGAAAAGUUGCUCUAGGGCCAAUUUCGUGGGUUCGAGACACGCCGCGAGCAUCUUUUUUUCUUUUUUUUU